GAACGGAUUGGUCUAGAGGCAGAGGACGGAGAAAAAGCAGCCCCACGGCCCAACUCUCCAUUGGCCACUAGGAGGUGGCAAUCAGGGCGGAGCGAGGAGGAUCCGCUUGGGCUCUGGCUGCUGCUGUUGCCGCCGCCGCCGCCGCCGCCGCCGCCACUGCUUGGUUGCGCUUUGCCUCUUCCCCUGCCGCCGCUACUGCUGCGGUCCUUGCAGUUUCUGUGACUGCCAGGAUCGCUCAAUCCACGCAGCUGCUAGGGAAGGCACACCGGAGUGGCCGGCGGGGGAAAUCUAAGGCCCGGCUUACACCAUGUACGGAUUCGUGAAUCACGCCCUAGAGCUCCUGGUAAUACGGAAUUACGGCCCUGAGGUCUGGGAAGAUAUCAAAAAAGAGGCACAGUUGGAUGAAGAAGGGCAGUUUCUUGUCAGAAUAAUAUAUGAUGAUUCCAAAACAUAUGAUCUGGUUGCUGCAGCAAGCAAGGUUCUCAAUCUCAAUGCGGGAGAAAUCCUCCAGAUGUUUGGGAAGAUGUUUUUCGUGUUUUGCCAAGAGUCUGGCUAUGAUACCAUUCUUCGUGUCCUGGGCUCCAAUGUCCGAGAAUUUCUACAGAACCUUGAUGCUCUCCAUGACCACCUUGCUACUAUCUACCCAGGUAUGCGCGCACCUUCCUUUAGGUGCACUGAUGCUGAAAAGGGCAAAGGACUCAUUCUGCACUACUACUCAGAGAGAGAAGGACUACAGGACAUUGUCAUUGGCAUCAUCAAAACUGUAGCCCAACAGAUACAUGGCACUGAAAUCGACAUGAAGGUUAUUCAGCAAAGAAAUGAAGAAUGUGACCACACGCAAUUUUUAAUUGAAGAAAAGGAAUCUAAAGAAGAGGAUUUUUAUGAAGAUCUUGACAGAUUUGAAGAAAAUGGUACCCAGGAAUCCCGCAUCAGCCCUUAUACUUUCUGCAAAGCUUUUCCUUUUCAUAUAAUAUUUGACAGGGAUCUAGUAGUAACUCAAUGUGGAAAUGCCAUAUACAGAGUACUUCCCCAGCUUCAGCCUGGAAAUUGCAGUCUAUUAUCUGUCUUCUCUCUGGUUCGUCCUCAUAUUGACAUCAGUUUCCAUGGGAUCCUCUCACAUAUCAACACUGUAUUUGUCUUGAGAAGCAAGGAAGGAUUGUUGGAUGUGGAGAAGUUGGAGUGUGAAGAUGAGCUGACUGGGACUGAGAUCAGUUGCUUACGUCUAAAGGGGCAAAUGAUCUACUUACCCGAAGCAGAGAGCAUUCUAUUCCUGUGUUCUCCAAGUGUGAUGAAUCUGGAUGACCUAACAAGGAGAGGUCUCUAUUUGAGUGACAUCCCCCUGCAUGAUGCCACCCGUGAUCUGGUACUUUUGGGAGAACAGUUCCGAGAGGAGUAUAAGCUGACACAAGAACUGGAAAUCCUCACAGACAGACUACAGCUCACUCUGAGAGCUCUGGAAGAUGAAAAGAAAAAGACAGACACGUUAUUAUAUUCUGUCCUUCCACCUUCAGUUGCUAAUGAGCUGAGACAUAAACGCCCAGUACCUGCCAAGAGGUAUGACAAUGUCACUAUCCUAUUCAGUGGAAUUGUAGGAUUCAAUGCAUUCUGCAGCAAGCAUGCAUCUGGAGAAGGAGCAAUGAAGAUUGUCAAUCUUCUAAAUGACCUCUACACCAGAUUCGAUAUACUGACUGAUUCUCGAAAAAAUCCAUUUGUCUAUAAGGUGGAGACUGUCGGUGAUAAGUAUAUGACUGUGAGUGGUUUGCCAGAGCCUUGUAUCCACCAUGCCCGCUCCAUUUGCCACUUGGCCCUUGACAUGAUGGAAAUAGCUGGCCAGGUUCAGGUAGAUGGAGAAUCUGUGCAGAUAACAAUCGGAAUCCAUACUGGAGAAGUAGUGACUGGUGUCAUAGGGCAGAGGAUGCCUCGGUACUGCCUCUUUGGGAACACUGUUAACCUUACAAGCCGGACAGAAACCACAGGAGAAAAGGGGAAGAUAAAUGUGUCUGAGUACACCUAUAGAUGUCUUAUGACACCAGAUAAUUCAGACCCACAGUUUCAUCUGGAACACAGAGGACCAGUAUCCAUGAAGGGUAAAAAAGAGCCAAUGCAAGUUUGGUUUCUAUCCAGAAAAAGUACAGAGGAUGAGGAAACAAAACAAGAUGAGAGCUGAAGUAAGGGGCAAGAAGAAAGUCAGAAGAGGAGGGUCUUCUGUCCCUUGAUACCAACCCAGCCCAGUAGCAGUGAUUCUAUGUGGCUAUAUAUUUUGCUUCAUCUCUUUCAAUGACUCCAUUCCUUGUCCACAGGUGUAUAUAUACAUACAUACACAUGUAUAUGUAUGUAUAUAUAUACAUAUAUAUAUAGUCUUUUGUUUGCCUCUAGCCUCUCUAAGCUCAUAUGUCAGUUCUGCUUUGAAGAUUGCUGUGCUUUCAGUGUGGAUAUAUUCUUAGCUCCUGCUCUGUGGAUGAUGUGAACUUUUCUGCAUUCUAAACCUCAUGACCUGCUGAAUAGCAUUGGGCAAUAUGUCUGUGUACCAAAGUUGAUCAUUUCCAUUUGGUGCUUUGCACACAUAUUUUUUCAGCAAGAUCUACUAAAUGUAGUUCUUUGUCAUGCUGAGAUUUAUCAUUAUAGAAUCCAUUCGACCACUGUCUAGAUUUUAACUGGUAGACGAAAUCACAGCACUGGUGCAUUCUGGGUGGCAAGAUUUAGGGACCAAGCUAUAGAGUCAUUUUAUUUGUGUAACUGACUUUUCUCAUCUAGGUCCUCAGAAAACAUUAGUUUCCCAGAGUAAGAUUUAAUAAACUAUGCUAAGAAAAUAACAGCUAUAUCAAAGUAAGAUAACCAUUUCCCUUUGUUGAACUAGGAGGGGAAAAUAAGAAACAAACCAUUUUCUAUGGUGAAAAAGUAUAUCACCACUGCCAUCAUGUGGCAUCUGCAAUUCCGUGUUUCCUUUACAUUGCAUCUCUCAGAUUCCAUUAUUUCUGUCAGAUUAAAUAUAGUUAGUUACAUACAGCUGUAGUACAAUGCUGUACAAUUUUUCAUUGAGUUUUUAUUUUAGAUUGGAGUGAAUGUCUGGAUGUUUUCAAAAUAUCCAAGAACAAAGUUGGGAACUUCCUUCCAGGACUCUUGGUGUUAGAGUCUUUGCUUGAUCUUGAUAAUGCUGAGUAAUUGGUUUCUUUUGCUUUCUGUAGAAGAAUGGGAUAAUAUUCAGGAUUUGGGAUCCAGAAUAAUUAGCUUGAGCUCUACAGAGAGUGUGUUCCUCUUGCAAGAAAAUGCCUGUAUUCUUAAUUCUCUCCCUGAUAUUUUCUGAAUAUGUCUUUAUAAAGUAUUACAGAACAGUACAGUGCAAUUAAUUUUGUGUAAAAAAAGUUUGUCUUUAUAUUUAGUAUAUUGUAUCAACACAUAAAUAUAUGUAUAAAUGUUUCAUGUUUAUGUGUAAAAGAACCGGCAAUAAAUUAUUUUUUCCACUGGUCUUGAGACAAUUUGUAUUUCAAUAAAAAAUUAAAGUUGA